UAGCACCCUUUCUAAUUCAGCUAUCAUGGCCAAUCAAGAAAGUUCUAUCAUUGGCAAGAAAAUUACCAAUCCUGGCUUUUCUACAAACCCAGAAAUUCCUGCAGAACUUCUAAAAACAAAUCUCUCAAAUCCAUACUUCACUCAUCAUUCAGAUCAUCCAGGUCUGGUCUUGAUUUCUAAACCCUGAAUGGGGACAAUUAUUCAACUUGGAAAAGGGCUAUGACUCUAGCUUUAAAUUCCAAGAACAAAUUGUGUUUUGUCAAUGGCUCAAUCAGAAUCCCUUCAGAGGAGACUGAUCCUGAAGGUUAUGCCGUAUGGUCUAGAUGUAACGAUAUAGUUCACUCAUGGAUCAUUAACACUGUCAUUCCGGAGAUCUCAGACAGUGUGAUCUACUACUCUACAGCUCAAGAAGUUUGGGAAGAUCUUCAUGAUCGAUUCUCUCAAAGCAAUGCACCUCGUAUCUUUGAGAUUCAACGAGAUAUUGCUUGUCUUCGACAGGACCAACUUUCUAUCUCAGCCUAUUAUACAAAACUGAAGGGCAUGUGGGAUGAAUUAGCCUCCUACAACGACACAGUCCAUGGAGCACAACAAGAUCAGCAAAGGUUAAUGCAGUUUCUGAUGGGGUUGAAUGACUCUUAUAGUGCUAUUCGUGGACAAAUUCUCCUAAUUAAUCCACUCCCAUCUGUUCGUCAAGCCUAUUCCUCCGUCUCUCAAGAAGAGAAGCAACGUCUCUUAAGCUCAAUGCACACUAUAAAUGACUCUGUUGACAGUGCUGCCAUGGCCGUCCGCAGCAAUAGUGGCAAGACCACCUCAUUAACAGGUACAGGAAAAUCUGAACGUUUUUAUCAAUCAUAUGGGAUGCAUGACUUUCGAUCGCAACUAGAGACUUUCGCACGCAGACAUGACCAAGACAAACGUCGUUUUGUCUCUAGAAAGGGACGUCCUUUUUGUUCCCAUUGUGGAGAACCAGGCCACUGGGUUCGAACAUGUUAUGAGCUGAAUGGAUAUCCAGUUGGCCAUCCCAAAGCGAGGCAUAAUUCAGGUCAAAGCGUUUUGGCAACAACAACAGAUCUGUAGCUAAUCAUGUGUCAGAAGAUUUUUCUAAAGAAGAUGGCAAAUCAGUGGUUGGCAUCUCAGAAACUCAAUUAAAGCAGCUCUUAUCACUUCUUAAUAAAAAUGAAGGACCUAGCUCCCAAGCACAUGCCGUAACAAAGUCAGGUUUGCCUAAAAUCGCUUCUCGCAAUUGGAUUAUUGAUAGCGGGGCGACAAAUCAUAUUUCCUCUUCGUCAAAAUCUCUUUUACAUACAGAUAAAAAUUGUUCUUUGCCUUCUGUUUUGUUGCCUAGCGGCCAAAAGGCCAAAAUCGUUACCAAAGGAUCACUGCCUCUGAAUUCUGUUUAUUAUCUCCACAAUGUGCUUUGUGUACCCACAUUCAAAGUUGAUCUAAUGUCAGUAAGUCGUUUGACAAAAGGGAUGAAUUGCUCAAUAACAUUUUUUCCUUAUUGGUGUAUUUUGCAGGAUCUGGUUACGAGGAGGACGAUUGGUUGGGGUAAACAACGUGACGGAUUAUACUACUUGGUGGCAUUAGCAACGAAGACAUCUACGAUCAACUCCACCUCACCAAAAAAAACCCUACCAGCCUGCAAUACCACCAUCUCAUCAACCAAUCUGUGGCAUAAUCGCCUCGGUCACAUAUCACCUCAUCGCCUCAAUUUAAUUGCCAAGAAUUUUUUAAAUUUUUCCGCACAAUUUCAUGAUGUGUGCCCUGUCUGUCCAUUGGCUAAACAAAGUCGCUUACCUUUCAGUCCUAGUAUUAUUUCUUCUACAAAACUUUUCGAAAAAAUUCAUUGUGA